CUUGCCACCCGACCCACCGUCUCGUCAACAGCAAUGCUGGGCCACAACAUCGAUAUUAACUUGAAACCCACCUCAGAUAUUUUGGCCGCUGCCGCACUUCUCGAUGUUAGACACUAUUUCAAUGAACGCGACCUCUUGGACCUGCGCACUUAUGGCUAUCAGACAAAUGACACGUUCCUCAUGCCAGACUAUGACGAAGCUACCGCCAAUGCAAAAACAUCCGCCGAUAUCGUUAAUCUGAAUAACAGUAAUUUCAUAAUCUUCAACCGAACAGUCUUUGGCAGGAACGACAGCAACAAUGACAGUGGCACCAUCACAAUUAGCAGUCCUAAUGAUGUGUCGGCCAUAAAUGGUAAUGCCAGUGUUGGCCUGCCAAUGCCCGAGGACGUUGUGGUGCUGUUGAAAAUGAUAAGCAUGUCUAUUGUUCUGGGUCUAAUGAUACUUAUCACUAUAAUUGGAAACGUUUUUGUAAUUGCCGCAAUAAUACUGGAGCGCAACUUGCAGAAUGUGGCUAAUUAUUUGGUUGUUUCAUUGGCGGUGGCUGAUUUAUUUGUUGCAUGUCUAGUAAUGCCAUUGGGAGCUGUUUAUGAGAUAAGCGAAGGCUGGAUAUUGGGUCCAGAAUUAUGUGAUAUUUGGACUUCCUGUGAUGUCCUAUGCUGUACAGCAUCUAUACUCCAUUUAGUGGCAAUUGCAACAGAUAG